GUCAUAUCGUGUGUCAUGUUUAUUUACAUAUGAAGUUGUCUCACUUAGAUCUAAACAAAGGUUGUAUGCUUCAUCACUUUCUCGCAAAGAAUUUCAGGAGUAGAGAAAGGAAAAGAAAAUUAUUUUAAUUACCCGUAAUUAUUUUUUAUUUUUCAUACCGGUGACCUUCUUUACAGUCAAUGUCUUGAUCAAGUUAAUUCAGAAAUAUGUCUAACACAAAAGUGCCUGAACCAGAAAAUUUCCCAAAAUCAGGGAGAGUUAACGAAGUUUGCCAAGAAUGGAUGGUGAGAGAAGACAGUGCUUUGGCUUAUCGGUUACAAAACCAAGAAUUUCAUGAACACCUAACAGGUAACAAAUUUAGAAAUGCAUUGGUUCGUGAGGAUUUUCCAAAAGCCAAAGAUGAACAAAUUAGAGAGCAACAGCUGGCAGAACAAGCAGCUGCUAUUUAUCAUAAAAUGCUUGCAGAGCAGGAAGAAAUAGACAAUAAGGUAGCUAAAGAACUCGCUGAUAAAAUUGAAAAAGAAGAUUGGAUGAAACGCAAAGCUCUAGAAAUACACGAUCAAGAAAUAGCAAAACAUAUGUUAGAAAGAGAACAUAAAAGGGUAGAAAAAUUACACCAAACUCCACCUCCAAAUCCACCAUAUUCACCUCAAAAGGUGCCCAGUUUACCUCCCAAACAUGAUCCUCAAUUCUCUCCCCACCGUUCUAAUCCACAAAACUACCAAGCAAAUUUACCCAGAAGACAAGCUUUACCAAUGCCUUUGCCACAAACAAAUAUAUCUCCUAACAGCUACAAUAAGCCACAACAUAACAAUUUAGAUGAAAUUAACAGUGCAGAAUUAUACAAUGAACCAUAUUUAACGUCUCAUCAGUUAUCAGAUCAUUUGAAUAGAAUCGAUUUAGCAGAUAUAGGGAUACCUUUAGACGAGGCGGCCGAACGUCAAAUCCAAGAACAACGGGACGCAGAACUAGCUCGAAAACUUCAAGAACAAGAAAGUUUGCUAGAAGAUAGAGAUAGGCUUCUUGCUAUCGAAGCUCAAGAUAAAGAACUAGCUAAAUUGUUGCAAGAGAGAGAACGGGCAAAGGCGAAGAGAGCAAGAGAACGAGCAAAACAGAAGGCUUUAGCUAAGAAACAGCAAUUGGAACAGGAAGCUUCAGACUUGAAAACAUCCCAGGAUCGAGAUACCCACCAAAUAAUGCCAGACGAUUCGUACGCCUUUCCAGCCGACAUUGUACAACAUUCAAAUACGUUUGUUCCUAGAACGAUUGCCGCUCAUCCCGAUUUGUAUGCCGUUCCGAAUCCAGACGAAGACGACAUUAGUUAUAGUCUUCCAGCUGACGUACUGCCCAGCGGAAACGCGGUUAAUAAUUUUAAAUCGAAUUACAGUCCUAACAAGUUUGACUACAGAACUGAAAUUAAAGAAAUCAAUAAUUUAGGUGCUACCAGUCAGAAUCCGUCCUUAGAUAAGGGGAAUGGUUUAGGUUUGCCGGCUAGUAGACCUACACAUUUAGAAUUAAGAUCACCCCUAACUCGAAUAAACAAACCACGUUACCCAGACCCAGAAACCUGUGAUAGCGCAAAUAGUUGUCCUUCUAUAACAAACUCCCCAUCGCAACACACAAACAUAGCUAUGGCUAUAGACCCCACCUAUUCGCGUAGAACUGGCUACAGGGGUUCCUCGAGCUACGACACUGCUUCUAGUACAGUGACUACGAGUACUUCCAGUAGCAGUCCGGGUAUACUACCACCGCCGGAUCUAGCCGAACAGGAAGAUGAUAGUCCAGCCCCACCUUAUAUGCCCAUCCAGGGUCAAAGAAGAACUGCCAGUUUAGAGAAGAAACAGAAGAAGAAAAGUAAAGAUGGAGGAUGUAAGCAACAGUAAUUUAGUUAUUGUUUUACUACCAUUAUCAUUUCCUAUGUUGAAUAAUAGUUUUUUUUAAUGAUAAAGAAUAUCCAGAUGUGCAUUUUUUCGUUCUUUUUUAGGACAAUCUUGACAACUUAAUUUACAAAAGUUGCUGGCGAUUUUAUUUAAAUUAAUAAUACACUCGAAAUAAAAUAAUUUGUAAAAAGGGUAAUGACUGCAAUAAUGGUAGAAAAUAAAUAGUAAAAAAAAAUGUUUUAAUGGAUAUGUUAUUUUGGUUGUGCCCAAACUAUCUCUUAGACAAUAAAGGAAAGAUUCCUGAUAUUUUAAAUUCGUUCACAAAUGUGCCAUGUAAGUUUUAAAAUCAUAAUUUCCCUUAUUUAAUUUCAAGAACGCAAUUAGAGUGCCAUUUCUAACACAAAAAAUAGUCAAAACGGAUUCAGGGGACCUCAAAACGUAAAAAUCCGUCGAAAAAAAAUCAUGAUUCCUAUACUUUCCUUAUAUCUGUAUACAGAUAAGAAUGUAAAAAUAAAUAAUUUG